AUGAGUGUAGCUCCGAGAGGAGCACCCUCCACAUCGGACCGAUCGAAGACUCUGUCUCGACGUGGAAGUCGGCGCGACGAAGAGGAGUUGGCGGUUGGUGCUGUGGUCGUGAUGCUGAGCGACAAGUCGGGCGAUCAAAGUGCUGCUGCCUACAGCUUCCCCUCUGGGGGCAACAGCCAUCACGACGCAAAGUUCAUUCCCGCCACGACAAGCCAGAAAGAUCCGCGUUUUGUGGCUGUCUUGGCCCCGAGCUGCGAGGCGGCGAUGACGUCGCUGCUCACUCAACCGCCUGGAACUUUUCUAUUGGUAAAAGAAGAAGACGCAGCGAUCGCAGUGUACGUGAAGUUUCGACAAGCCGUGAGAGCGUUGGCACUUGUGAAGGGCAAAGAUGUGAAGAAAACGGGCGACGCGGUUCAAUUGGCAAAGUUGCGUAAGAAAGAGCAAGAUGUGACGCCAGUACACAUUUUGCGUCUAGCGUGUGAGUCGUAUUUCCUUUUGGAACAUUGCUGGAAGCGCUUUCUCCCUCAAGUUCAAGCUGUUGUCUUUGAAUUGUGUAGCGAACCCCAUCUAGACGAGGACACCAGACUGGAAGACUGGACAUGUUCGAUGAUCCCUCCGUCUGCGUAUUCCCUUGGAUUAAUGCCCGAAGCUUGCGGGUUUUACAUCUUUGCAGUAUCUGGAAACGCUGCGGAUUCUUCUGUAAUAAAAAUUCGACAAGUGGAGUUUGACUUUAAUAAAUGUGCCAUCACAGUUGCAGAUGGCACGCACAACCCAUUGGCACUUCUCUUGGCAACGUCGUUCUCCUCGAAACGCACAUUUGAACCCAAUUUCACGUGCGUUAUUUGA